UUUGGAAUUGGCGCGGGACUUGGGCAGCUUUGCGGCACCGGUCAUCCUCCGGCGGGGGAGGGAGCCAAAGUGGGAGCAAAUUCCAUACGCUGAGGUGAAGGAGUUAAGGAAGGCUGCCAAAGAUUAUGGCAGAAACUCGCCUUUCUUUAAAAAUGUGCUGGACUUAACAUUUGCUGGACGUUUGCUAGUCCCCCAUGAUUUAAGGUAUAUUGCUAAGGCACUGUUUUCUCCCACCGAAUGCGACCUCUGGGAGAUUCAUUGGAAAAAACUGUUGAAACCACUCCUGCGCAAGUAUGAUCUCGCAGAGGUGGUGGGAGAGGGGGACGAGGCAAUGGAAGCCCUUGCUGGAGAAGGGGAGUUCAGCAGUCCGGAGGACCAAAUUCUACUAGCACAGGAGCUGCUUCAGGACAUAGCAGCAGCGGGAAAGGAGGCACUCCUGAAGAUACCGGAUGCGACAAGGGUACCAGCCAGCGGGAAACUGGCGGCGAAGCGCGAGGAAGGGCCGCGCGACGACACCAAGUGGCCCUUCUCAGCAUCCCAGCCUCCCGACCAUCAGGGAGGACAAGUGGCCGCGCGGCCAAGUCCAGCAGUUCAGCGCAGCCACGAGGACGGACUCCGCCUCUUCCGCCGGACAGGUACCCUAAAUCAGGGCAAUCGUCAGGUCCUCCGCAGCAGCGUCACCAUCUCUCUCCAGGAUGAGGACCUGACGAGAAUUCCUGCUGGGUUCCUGGGCCCCCUUCACGACUGUCGGGACACCACCGUGCUCAUCUUAGAAGACUCCUUCAACACACCAAAUGAAAUCACCAUCUUACCUGAGGUAGUGUGUUUUCCACCAGGAGAGGAGAUCACCGUCUCCGUCAUUUGUAACCACCCGCCAUUUACUUUAAGGAAAGGCGAUCCUUUUGCUUUGCUUUACGUACUGGACACCCACGAUGACCCGGACACAGAGAGACAUGUUUUCUUCACCCAAAAUGUAUGUAAAGAAAGACCAUUAAUUGAUGCCAAACUUUCUUUCCAGGGAAAGUCGGUGCAGAUGCGGCUCAUGGCAGACACAGGAGCUGACGUGACCAUCAUCCCCCAGACUUUUGUAGCGCAGAUUUUAUCACCUGUGCACCGGCUUUUCCCUGAGGCCAUCAUCCUGCAUUACAUGGAUGAUGUGCUAGUUUGUGCUUCCGACUCGACAUACCUAAAGGCAACACUGGACAAGACUAUUAAGGCUAUCAAAGCUGCAGGGCUCCAGAUAGCAGAAGAGAAGAUCCAAUUCUCAGCACCAUGGAGGUACCUUGGAUUCCUCAUCACGGGAAGGACAGUGACGCCACAGACACUGACCAUCAACGAGGAUCCGAAGACUCUGCGAGACCUUCAGCAGCUGUGCGGAACGAUCGCCUGGAUCCGCCCCCUCCUGGGACUGACGACUGAGGAGCUGUCACCUCUCUUCUGUCUGCUUCGAGGCGACGGAGACCUCGCCUCACCACGCGAGCUGACACCUGCCGCGCGGGAAGCCCUGCAACGGGUUGCUGUUGCUCUGAAGUCUCGCCAGGCACACCGCGUGGUCCGGACCCUUCCCGUGAACUUCGCGGUGUUGGACGCUGAGGAUGACUGCCGCCUUGAGGACACCUCUGAAAUAUCUGAUGCUCCUGAUCGCCAUCAUCUGGCUGACACCGGUCAGGAGCUGGAUAGUCCCACAGCCGAGAGAAAACAUAUGGGUCACGCUGGCGAAGUCCUUGAAGCAGGACAACUUCUGCAUGGCCAUGGGAAGUGUGGGCAAUCCGUUAUCCACGUGCCUGGUAGGAGUCCCCCUGUCGCCAAACGACUAUCCAUAUGCAGGAAAAAAACCUAAUCCUGUGGACACCUGGGAUGAGUGGACGAGGAUUCUGCCACAUGCACCACAGGAGCCCCAAGAAUUGGACCUAUUGGGCUCCUCUCAGGCAACAUAUUGUGUCAGGUUUAGGUACCAGCCCUCCCAGAAAGACUGGGAUCAAAUGGCUAAACUCCACCCCGCUGGUACCCAAGAAGUAAAAAGACACGAUGUAUCUCCCCACGAUCGGAGAUACCAUGCAGCAAAUUGGUGCAAUUACACCUCGACCAUGGUAUCUAGGUCCUCCUCAGUUCCCAGGGUGCUCCCCAGGGGGGUUUUUCUCAUCUGCGGCCACAGGGUGUGGGCAGGGAUUCCCUCCCAAAUCCAGGGAGGCCCCUGCAGCCUUGGGCAGUUUACCACACUGACACCGAACAAAACCCAAAUUUUAAAUUGGAAAAACGAAAAUAAAUUGGCUCGCAAAAAGAGAUCCUAUAACCAAUUCGACGAAAAUUGUGAUUCAAAAAUUUACAAUUGGGGAAAGACGAAGAGAGUCACGGUAUCCAUAUUUUUACCAUGGUAUGCCACAGCAAAGGCCCUCGGUGAGCUUUCUCACCUCAAGUGUUGGCUCAGUAAGCAGGUCAACGCCAGGUCCG